AUGGGCGGCACUCUUCGGUGGAUCUGGGAUGCUAAUCGCAACCACCCGGUUCGAGAAAAUGCAACUCUCACUUUCGGUACUAAUGGUAACUUAGUCCUUGCCGAUGUCGAUGGCUCUGUAGUUUGGCAUACUGAUACAGCCAACAAAGGUGUUACCGGUAUUUCUAUUCAAACUAAUGGGAACUUUGUACUUCAUAAUAAAAAGGGGAAGUUUAUUUGGCAGAGUUUCCAUCAUCCAACUGAUACUCUUGCAGUAGGUCAAUCACUUAAACUAGAGGGUAAUACGAAACUCGUUAGCCGUAUGUCAAACCGAAACAGUCAUGACGGCCCUUACAGUAUUAUAGUCGACGACAAGAAAGGAUUCAUAAUGUAUCAAAACACUUCUGGUAAACUUGUUGAGUAUGCAGGUUGGGAAGCAAAGGGUCUUUCUAAUGUAACAUUUCGUGCCAUUACAAGAAUCGAUCCGGUUCAACCACCACCUGGCCCGCCUGAUUAUCAAUAUAGGGAAGCAAAGGGUAAAACAAGCUAUUUCUUAUCUCUAGGUUUCGCAAAGGGAAAACAAGCAAGCACUCCCUCUACUAAAAGAGUUGUACUUGCAAUGACGGAUUAUUAUCAUUAUCAGUACUAUUCGUUUCUUAGAUUAGAAUCAGAUGGAAACCUUGUAGCUUAUAGCUACGUUAUGCCACCUGCUCAUCCCUUUGAUGCUCAUUGGAGAAGAGCGUACGCGUUUUUCGGAGAUACCGUGAAAGAAUGUGCAUUACAGUCUAAAUGUGGUUCAUCUGGGAAGUGCUAUGUGCGACUAUGUAGUGUUUGCCCGCGUAAUGGUUCGUUAGGUUGCAUGAUCAGUACUUCAUAA